CAUUCUUCUUCUCUUAUUAUUCCUUCUCUUCCAAUCCCCUUGCCGGUAUUGUCUUGGCUUUUGUCCCUGGAAAAAAAUGGGUCGGUCUCCUAGUUUCAAGAAAGAGGGUUUGAAGAGAGGACCAUGGACAGCCGAAGAAGACAAGAUACUCACUGCUUACAUCCAAGAACAUGGCCAUGGUAGCUGGCGCGCCUUGCCUGAGAAAGCUGGACUUCAACGAUGUGGGAAGAGCUGUCGACUCAGGUGGAUUAACUACCUAAGACCUGACAUUAAAAGAGGAGAGUUUAGUUCACAAGAAGAGCAAAUCAUUAUUCAACUCCAUGCCCUUCUUGGAAAUAGGUGGUCAGCCAUGGCAGCUCACUUGCCAAAGAGAACUGACAACGAGAUCAAGAAUCAUUGGAACACACAUCUUAAGAAAAGGCUAAUCAAAAUGGGAAUUGAUCCUAUGACCCACAAGCCUCGAGCAGAUGCCUCAAUCUUCCCGUCUGGUCCAGGCAAGAGUGCUUCAAAUUUAACCCACAUGGCUCAGUGGGAGAGUGCUCGGCUCGAGGCUGAAGCCCGGUUGGUCCGUGAGUCAAAACAGGUUGUUCCGAAUCCUAUCCAACGAAAAACCCAGUUUCCCCCCACUUCGGGUCAGCUGAUCAAAAACAUUGCUGCAGCAACAUCCGGUAGACCGAGGUGCCUUGACGUGCUCAAAGCUUGGCAAGGCGUAGUUGCUGGCAUGUUUGCCUUCUCCAGCCAGGAUCUUGGGUCUCCAACCUCGACUCUCAGUUUCCCGAAUGGAACGGUUCGAGCCCCGGUCAAUGGACUCGCUGGCUAUACGGAUGGUGAAAUGGGACCCCAUAAGAGUUCAUCAACCGGAUUGAGAGGAACAGCUAGUACGGAAUUAGACGGCCAAGAUAGUUUGAAAUGCGUUGAUCACAUGUCUAACCAAAUGCAAGAACUUGAGGAAAAAAUUUUGGAUAGCUUCGUCGAAUUGCAACACGUGACGGAUUCCGCAGGUGAUGCAUGGUUUGAGGACUCAUUCAGGAUAGUAAAUGAAAAUGUACCACUUGCAGAUAUAAUGGAGGAUUUGUCAGGUGCUUUAAUUUUUAAUUCUGGCGUUCUGAACUCAUCAAUUGGUGACCAGAAAUCGAUUGAAAGUUGCAAUGACAACAUGGUGGAGAAUAGUAAUUGCUGGAACAGUGUACUCAACUUCGUGAAUUCUUCACCAUAUGGAUCACCAGUGUUCUGAUAAUGUCUCACUGUAGUAACUUUGAGCUGUGGCAUUGAUCUUUUGUAACAAAGAAAAUGUACGUUCUUUAUCAAAAACUAUCUUAGAGAUUACAUCCAUUUC